CACACAUUUUGGGAAUUUCGAAGCUACUCGCGAACUUUUCCCACCACCUCGACGACUAUACGAACUCUUUGCGCCGCGGCAGUCCAACUUUCUUCUCUCAAUCUGCCCUCCUCCCAAACCCCUUAAUCCUCGAGGAAGAAAGCACACUGCACUCAAAAUGGCGCCCUCUAACCUCCCCGCCAUCUUCAAUGCCACCUCCCAGGACAUUGAGAUGCUGCUUGCAGCUCAAUGCCACCUGGGCAGCAAGAACCUCCAGCUUCACAUGGAGCCUUACCUCUGGAAGACUCGCGCUGAUGGUGUGAACAUCAUCAACGUCGGAAAGACCUGGGAGAAGAUUGUUCUCGCCGCUCGCAUUAUCGCCGCCGUCGACAACCCCGCCGACAUUUGCGUCAUCUCCGCCCGUCCCUACGGCCAGCGUGCCGUCCUCAAGUUCGCCGCGCACACUGGUGCCGUCGCCAUCGCCGGUCGCUUCACCCCCGGUUCGUUCACCAACUACAUUACCCGCUCGUUCAAGGAGCCUCGCCUCAUCAUCGUCACCGACCCCCGCACCGAUGCCCAGUCCAUCCUCGAGGCCAGCUACGUCAACAUCCCCGUCAUUGCUCUCUGCGACACCGACUCGCCCACCGAGUUUGUCGACGUUGCCAUCCCCACCAACAACAAGGGUCGCCAUGCCAUCGGUCUCGUCUGGUGGAUGCUUGCCCGCGAGGUCCUCCGCCUCCGUGGCACCAUCUUCAGCCGUGACACUCCUUGGGACGUCAUGACUGAUCUGUACUUCUGUAUGUUCUUCUUUUCUCUCUCUCUCUCUUUCACCACCCUCUCUCAGCAUUCGACUUGGCCCUCCAAAAAAAAACCCCCCGCUUCGGAUGGCAAACAAGGGAGCGUGUUAUGUAUAAGGCUAACCUCAUUUCCACACAGACCGCGACCCCGAGGCCGAGGCCGAGGACAAGGUCGAGGAGGAGAAGCUCCCCGGCGUCGAGGAAGAGGGUGUCGUCGCCAUCGAGUCCGGCUUCCCCGCUGCCGGCGGCGAUGAGUGGAACGCCGCUCCCGCUGGCUUCACUGGUGCCGGCGGCAACUGGGAUGGCACUGGCGAUGAGUGGGCUGCCAGCAGCGCCGCGC